AAAGGAAAUGGAGUUUGAUUUUAUGAGAAUAUUUGGGAACCAUUCGAAAAAUUGGUGGCUUGGGAUUCAGUUACGAGCAACCCUUAGAUUCAUUCUGCACUAAAUUACAGAUAUUAUGGCGCACAAAUACAUCACUGUUUGUCUUUCUCAACCAAAUUACAGAUAUUCAGUCCCCUCCAUCUUCACGCUCAUUUUUCUCUCUGCAUUUGAUCUUUAUCCAGAUCUUCACCAGGUGUGUGGUGUCCUGUCUUGCAUCUGUUUGAAGGAAGUUCUAUCAUGGUUGAGCCAUGUUGACGGUAUAUUCUCCGGGAGCUAACAAGAACUUUCUGGCAUGUCCAGACUCUAUUCCACAGCCUGAGGUAUCUCAUGACAAGAUUAUGCAUGCUAAUUCCCUUACUUGUAGUACCUCAGUUUCUCCGUGCUCUCUAAGGAGUUCUUGCAAUAGCAUGCUUCUACACAAUCCCUCAUCUUUUAAAAGGUGUAGUCAAUUGAAUGCUCAUUAUGUUCUGAACCGAUUCGCUUUCAGAAGAUGGCUAUGCUGCUCAGAUAGUUCCACACCUCCUUCAGACGAUGAGUAUCGCUCUUCUCGCAACAUAGCUAUCAGUUUGUUCAGGCGAUACCGGAAUUAUGUUGAUCGAGGAGGAGGCGACAACCUAAAGGAUUUCAUUAGUGCUGGGGUGAAUGCAUAUGCACUUGGUUGUACAGAUGAAGGGUUAAGAAAGGAACUUAUUGACAUGAAAGAAUCCGGUCUUGAAAUUGAAGUAAUGCAAAGUUAUGGUGGAAGCACUGGUUUGAAAUCCAAAAUCAUCUCAGAGGAGAUUGAAGAAUGCAUUCUGUGGUUGAGCAUUAUAUUUGUCACCAUCUUGUGUACACCACAACCAACUGUAGUUAGAUGGUCAUCUACACCUUCAGUGUCAGAUGAAGUAAGGCUUCAGUGGAAAGGCUUUUGUGCUCUCAUUGCCAAUGCAUAUUAUGUGCGGGGCAUGGCAUGGCUGCCGGUAAAGACUCUACAACUUGAGCAGAUGGCAGUGGUGGGACGAGCUGAGGAACCUUCAGUUGUUGCUAGCCGAAUGCGUCUAGUUUUCAGCACGCUUGAGGUGGUUAGUCCACAAUGGCCUAAAGUAUAGUGCCAGAUAAUCGAAAGAUCCUCCUGCCAGAAAACUUGGCAAGUUACCCUGAUUACACACGCAGAAUGUGAGUCAAUGUAGCUCAACCAUCUGUCUGGCUCAAUUUGUGGCAAUUUGUAAACUAAUCUUCGAGCUUUUUUUUUCCCUUUCAAUAACACUUUCUUGUUAUUGUUUAUAUAUGUUACAAUAAUUCUAUCGGCAAGAAUGCACAGCUGUUGUCCCAUAUUUGUUCUAUUAUCAGGAAUUUUCUUCUUCUCAUGUAA